UGGGUCACGAUGCAUGUCCAGGAAUUGUUGUUCGUUGCCGUGGUUCUGAUGCCCCAGUGCCUGAGGGCCCUACGAUAUAGUCAGGGCACUGGCGACGAGAACUGCGAAACCCUGAAAUCGGAGAUCCACCUGAUCAAGGAGGAAUUCGAUGAGCUGGGUCGGAUGCAGCGAACCUGCAACGCGGAUGUCAUAGUCAACAAGUGCGAGGGAUUGUGCAACAGUCAGGUGCAGCCUUCGGUUAUAACUCCAACGGGGUUUCUGAAAGAGUGCUAUUGCUGCCGCGAAAGCUUCCUCAAAGAAAAGGUCAUCACGCUGACCCAUUGCUAUGAUCCGGAUGGCACUCGUCUCACCUCACCGGAAAUGGGCAGCAUGGAUAUCCGCCUUAGAGAGCCAACCGAAUGCAAGUGCUUCAAAUGCGGUGAUUUUACUCGCUAA